AUGGUCCAAAAAGAUUCAAGAAAGAACUCUACGAGUUUUGCUGCACAUGCUGCGCCAAUCAGUUUUAGCCUGGGAUUUCUUGUGGGGAUUGUCAUCGCCCAACUGAUUGUGGCAUUGGUGGGAGCCCCCAUCGCUACUACGGGCAACUACUGGAUGGAAUUACUCGCCGUUGGCCUAGUGAUGGUUGGUGUGGCUUCCCUCUAUUCAGUUCUCGUCAGAGGAUCGGAGAUGGACCAGGCAGAGUGCAAAAGAACAACAACAAGUAGGGAGGAAUGCGUCAACAACAACAAGAACAAGAAUCUCGUUCGAAACGUGGAACACUACUUUUCGGUGGGAGCCAUGCUCGGGAUCCCUACUGCGGAUGUCGUAUCGGCUAUGCUUGCAGGGCAAGGAUUUAGUUUGUUGCCUUGUCACAUUGGUCAACUAUUGCUCGCCUUGAUGGUCUGGUGGUUCAAGCCAAUCAACAUGGUUCGCAGUGGUGGUGGUUCCGAAAGUACAAAAGCAGAGGACCCAGAAGAAAUCACAGAAGCAGCAACACACACAUUGGUAGCGCCUCUCCUGGUUUAA